AUGGGGUGUCGUGAAGUUGGUCGUUGCUGCAUGCCAACCUUUUCAAUUUUGGCAUUUAUUGGUAUUAUAGUAGGUAUUUCAAUUGUAGCACCAAUAGCAUCAGCUGACAAACAAUAUUCUUGGGCUGGAAGCAUGUACAAUUAUUUUAUUUUUGUGGUUCCUCUCGGAUUCUUUCUAUUUUUUUCUUGUAUUAGCUCGAUUUAUGGAUGCUGUAUGUGUUUCAAAACAGGAAGAGGUUGUCAAAUGGGCCUUAUUACACUUUUAUGUUUUACGUUUGGAUGUUCUGCUUUCAUUCUAGCCAUUGCAUUCAUUUUCCCUAAAUGGGUUUUGAAAGACGAAGGUCUAUGGAAAAGAGUUGAAAGUACAGCAAAUCCAACAGACCUCCAGAGGAUAAUACAGAUUGAGAAUGACAUCUUGUGUUGUGGCUAUGAGUAUGCAGAUGAUUGGGACAAAGUACGAUGUGCUACGUAUUUAACAAACGAAGACUUUAUGAAGAAGUGGCUAAAUUAUGGAAUUCGCGGGUGCAAAGAAGAAUUAGUAAACAAUAUAUCGACUCUUCUGCAUUGGAUUUCAAUUAUUGUUGGAUUUGGUGUUUUCUUUUUCAUUUUUGUUUUCAUAUUUGUUAUUGCUGUAUUCAAUACACAAGAGCAUGAACAAACUGUUAUUUCUAUUGUGGAAAAUGAUAAAGAUUAUGGAAAUUAUCAAAUGUAUACUUAA